CCCACGUGGCGGGCCAAUUCCGCCCCUUUCGCGCCGCCCCUGUAAUUCCAUACUCUCCAUAGUCCUUUCUCAUUCCUUCUCACCAUCAUCUCUCACACAUCUGCCCAAAAGACACUCCCGAGUCAACAUGGGGUACAAUGGAGCCCCCACACUUUACCGUCAAUGCCUGCAAUCGAUGUAGGAAACGCAAGGCGCGAUGUGAUGCCUGGAUACCCUCCUGUCAGCCAUGUCAGAACUCCAACUCGAUUUGUGAGUACACGGAUCCGAAAUCGAAAAAUGUGUACCCUGGCAGUCACAUUAUCGAUCUCGAAGACCAGCCAGCUCUUUAACCUGGAACGAGAGCUGCGUCAAAUUGCCGGUCACCAAGAAAAGGACGAUGCAUCGCAAGAAGUGUCUAGUGCCACAGCAGAGGAGGCAAGCGAGGAUCGAGGCCAUCCCAACUUGAUUCGACUUCGGUCCGGAGGCGAUGCUCACUUUCUGGGGGUUUCGAGUGGCAUGAACUUGGCGAGAUCAGCCCUCGAAUCGGCACAGCAGAACAACACCAGCUUUGACUCGGCGCAAGGUGACGAUAGGCCUGAUGCCGAGUCAACGGUCGAUGAGACCAAUGCAUCGGCUAUGCAUACCUCAUUGCCUCCCAAAGAAACGGCCACAAGUCUCAUCAACUUCUUCUUCAGUCGAUAUCAAGUACAAUACCCGAUUCUCGACGAAACAGAGUUCGCCAAUACUGUGUCUGAGUAUUACGACCGCACAGCUGGCGCCGGCCACAGCCGCCCACAAGAUCUCUGGACAAAAUUCAUGCUCAAUAUGGUCUUCUCAAUAUCGUUGAACGGGUUGUCACAAGAAAACGAACAGUGCCUUGAGCUGUCCAAGGCGUUCAGUGUAACAGCCAUUUCAGACCUGAGCUUUCUCAUGCAGAUGAAGAACGCUCUGACAAUGCAGUGCCUCCUUCUUCUGCUUCUGGCAUCCAUCCUGAACAUCCCCUCGACACCCAUUUGGUAUCUGUCGGGACUCUGCAUGCGGAUGUGUGUCGACCUGGGCUAUCACACUGAAAGGACCAUUGCCAUCUCCGGGUCGGGAUCGGCAACGGACGACGAGAUUGACACCAAGAGAAGGCUUUUCUGGGUCAGUUUCGGAUUCGACAGGACGCUGAGUAUCUUGCUCGGAAGACCUUUCACCUUUGACGACGAGCGAAUCGAUGUCAAGCUUCCUCGAGGGGACCUCUCGUCGCGGCGACACAACCAGAUCUUGCACUGGCUGCAUCUUCAACGCCUCCAAAGCGAGAUUGUGCGGUACUCGCACCAAAGCCAAGCACGGGGCGCCCAAGGCAGGGAGGGCGCUGAACUCACAGAGUGGACCAAGUCCCUGGACAGACGACUAAGUGAAUGGAAUGCCACCGCCCAGGGCCUUGCCGACACAGAUGGUCACGACAUGGACUGGUGGGGAUACUGGUACCACAACGCGCUUCUCACCCUUCAUCGGCCCUCGCCUGCCAGACCGACACUCUGCAACGCAGACCUAGCGUUCUGUUUCUCUGCCGCCAGAAACUUGAUUCAGCUGUCGUUUAUCCGGAUACACAAGGAUAUCAUGGAUUUCACCUGGGUAGACCUGCACUACCAGUUCAUGAGUGGCAUCACGCUAGUGUUCCUCAUAUGGAACAGUGUCGAGGGUCGGCGAGAGGCGAAGAAGGACUGGAUCUCUGUCAAGAGCAGCCUGUUUCAGUGGAAGUUUGUCCUUCAACGUCUCGCUCAUCGCUGGAGUGGCAUUGCCCGAGCGAGGGUGGCAUUGGCGAAACUGGCGGACGCAACCACAAACCUGAUUGAAGGGGAACUGGCGUCUUCCAGUGGCCAUGCUGUCCACGCACAUCGAGAAGCGAACGUGCCCGACGUGGAACGUCGAAGAUCAAUUCUCCAGCAAUUUCGGCCAUCGGAAGCUGGAUCUCUCACGCGGAACAACCCUGCGAGGUCUUUUAUCGGCGCAACAGACCAGACCAACACUCCGUGGCCAGCAUCGAGAGUGCCUGAGAACGCAGUGCACCAGGAUUGGACACGGUCCUGCGCAACAGCCACUCAUGAGCAGCGCGACAACCUCCCAACAGGCAUAUGCAAUGCGCAGGAUCAGUCCCUGACGCCUCUGGCAGGUGGCUUGACAGGCCAGGAUAUGUCGGUACCGCUUACACCAAGUGGACGUGGGGAGAUGACACCACUCGGCGAAACCACUGGUAUGGCCUCCAUUCUUGCGGACGGUCUUUUGCCACUGUCGGGGACUAUGAACGACUCUCAGGCGCCCGCAGACUUUGCAUUCUGGGAGUACUUCUCGGCACCGAUGCUCGGCAUGGACGACAUUGGCUUGCCAGUGUUGAACAGCCAUGCGAAUUUCGACGGGCCGUUCACAAGCAGCAUUCUGAACUUUCACGACGAACUUGAUAAUGGAGGUGACUAG